AUGACUACUGUAGCCAUUGCAGUGCUAGAGGGCCCCUUCAGGACCUGCUGUGGGAUGGAGACUGGCAAUCCUAUCAGAGAGGCUCAGACAGAGAGCGGACAGCUUCGCCUGGUGAACGGAAGCAGGCACUGCAUCGGGAGAGUGGAAAUCUUUCACCAGGGCUCCUGGGGCACCAUCUGCGAUGACAGCUGGGACUUGAGUGAUGCCCACGUGGUGUGCAGACAGCUGGGCUGUGGAGAGGCCCUCAAUGCCACCGUCUCUGCUCACUUUGGGGCAGGAUCAGGGCCCAUCUGGCUGGACGACCUGAGCUGCACAGGAAAAGAGACCCGCGUGUGGAACUGCCCUUCCCGGGGCUGGGGGCAGCACAACUGCAAUCACGGGGAGGACGCAGGGGUCAUCUGCUCAGAGGGAGAAGACACAAAAGUCCGGCUCAUGAAAAACGGCGUUGCUCAGUGUGAGGGACAAGUGGAGAUGAAUGUUUCUGGAGACUGGAGAACGCUCUGUGCCUCCCAUUGGAACAUGGCCAAUGCCAAAGUUGUUUGUCAUCAGCUUGGCUGUGGAGUUGCCAUCUCUACCCCAAAAGGAGCAUACUUUGUGGAAAGAGGUGUUAAGAUCUGGAAAGACCGAUUUGACUGCUCAGGGGAUGAGUCCUUCCUAUGGAAUUGCCCCAUGACUGCCCUGGGCAUUCCAGACUGUACCCGUGGACACACGGCCUCUGUGGUCUGCUCAGGGAACCAGACCCCACUGCUGCCACAAUGCAGCGUCUCCUUCUUUGACCCAUCAGGCUCUGCAGCCUCAGAAGACAGUGCUGCCAACUGCUCAGAUGAGAAUAGCAGACAGCUCCGCCUGGUGGACGGGGACAGUCGCUGCGCCGGGAGAGUGGAGAUUCUUCACCAGGGCUCCUGGGGCACGGUCUGCGAUGACAGCUGGGACCUGAGCGAUGCCCACGUGGUGUGCAGACAGCUGGGCUGUGGAGAGGCCCUCAAUGCCACGGUCUCUGCUCACUUUGGGGCGGGAUCUGGGCCCAUCUGGCUGGACGACCUGAGCUGCACAGGAAAGGAGUCCCACGUGUGGAAGUGCCCUUCCCAGGGCUGGGGGCAGCACAACUGCAAUCACGGGGAGGACGCAGGGGUCAUCUGCUCAGAGAGCAGACAGCUCCGCCUGGUGGACGGGGACAGUCGCUGCGCCGGGAGAGUGGAGAUUCUUCACCAGGGCUCCUGGGGCACCGUCUGCGAUGACAGCUGGGACCUGAGCGAUGCCCACGUGGUGUGCAGACAGCUGGGCUGUGGAGAGGCCCUCAAUGCCACGGUCUCUGCUCACUUUGGGGCGGGAUCUGGGCCCAUCUGGCUGGACGACCUGAGCUGCACAGGAAAGGAGUCCCACGUGUGGAAGUGCCCUUCCCGGGGCUGGGGGCAGCACAACUGCAAUCACGGGGCGGACGCAGGGGUCAUCUGCUCAGAGAGCAGACAGCUCCGCCUGGUGGACGGGGACAGUCGCUGCGCCGGGAGAGUGGAGAUUCUUCACCAGGGCUCCUGGGGCACGGUCUGCGAUGACAGCUGGGACCUGAGCGAUGCCCACGUGGUGUGCAGACAGCUGGGCUGUGGAGAGGCCCUCAAUGCCACGGUCUCUGCUCACUUUGGGGCGGGAUCUGGGCCCAUCUGGCUGGACGACCUGAGCUGCACAGGAAGGGAGUCCCACUUGUGGAAGUGCCCUUCCCGGGGCUGGGGGCAGCACAACUGCUGGCACAAGGAGGAUGCAGGGGUCAUCUGCUCAGAGUUCCUGGCCCUCCGGAUGGUCAGCGAGGAUCAGGAGUGUGCUGGGUGGCUGGAAGUUUUCUACAACAACACCUGGGGCAGUGUCUGCAGAAGCUCCAUGGAAGCCAUGACCUUGUCCAUGAUCUGCACACAGCUUGGCUGUGGGGACAGUGGGACUCUCAACUCUUCUGUUGCUCUCAGGGAAGGUUCUAGACCUCAAUGGGUGGAUGGCAUCCAGUGUCGGAAAACUGACACCUCUCUCUGGCAGUGUCCUUCUGACCCUUGGAAAUACAGAUCUUGCUCUCCAAAAGAGGAAGCUUAUGUUUUGUGUGCAGGAACGAGACCCAAGAGCUGUCCCACUGCUGCCCCCUGCACAGACAGGGACAAGCUCCGACUCAGGGGAGGAGACGGCGUGUGCUCAGGGCGAGUGGAGGUUUGGCACGAAGGCUCCUGGGGCACAGUAUGUGAUGACUCCUGGGGCCUGGCAGAGGCUGAAGUGGUGUGUCAGCAGCUGGGCUGUGGCUCUGCCCUGGACGCCCUGGGGGAGGCUGCAUUUGGCCCAGGAAAUGGCAGCAUCUGGCUGGAUGAGGUGCAGUGCAGGGGCAAGGAGUCCUCCCUGUGGGCCUGUGCUGCAGAGCCCUGGGGGCAGAACAACUGCAAGCAUGAAGAGGACGCUGGAGUGAGGUGCUCUGGCACCAGUUCAGGCUCAGCUCUCGUCUCCGGCAUCUUCUCCUUACCUGGGAUCCUCUGCGUCAUACUGGGUGCCUUUCUUUUCCUGGUCCUUAUCAUCCUGGGGAUUCAGCUGCGCAGAUGGAGAGCAGAGCAUCAAGAUGAAACAGAUCUGGAAUUGAGGCUGACUGAUGGAGACAGUCACUGCUCUGGGAGAGCAAAGGUGAAAUUCCAGGGAGAGUGGGGACCGUGUGUGAUGAUGGUUGGAACACUGCAGCUGUGA